AUGGCGCCCACUCUCUGGGGUGAUAUUGGGCUGCCUUUUCUGGUGGAUAUACAAUAUAUAAUGGUUCAAGUCCUCGAAGUCAACAAGAAGGAGCGGCAAGGUAGGCGGUCGCACUUCAUGAUGGGGCGCUCCGGCUCUUGCUUCUGGGGACAGUGGUUUGGCGAGGUGGCCAAAAGACCUCACAUGCUUCAGUUCAACAAGUGUGGAAAGAGCGACAUAAAUGGGCAGGUCAAACCGCACAGGUUUAUGAGCUUGGUGACCGACCGGGGAGCGGUCGGACAGAAGUACAUGAAGAUCAUGAAGGCAUGUCAUACGACCAAGCCUGACAGCUUCAUCAUCAAGAAUCAACACCGAUGCUGUUCAAUGCAUCAUCGCGUUUGCACUACUUGA